AUGUCCUUGGGACUUCUCGAAGGUUUCACAUUGCACCCCAGCAUCGCGCAGGAUCACACCUCGACGCUCGAGAAGAUGAACUGGUUCGGAUUGAGUUCCCAUCAAUCCAUGUUGACGAUCUACGAAGGUAUGGAGCGGGAGGUCAAGAGCCUCGGUCCAUCCGAGUCAAGCAAGUUUCUUUUACGGCACAAUCCACCUCGUGGCAAUAGAUCCUUCCGGUGUGCGUGUGAUGCGAGCGAGAUACGGAUGCAGAGGCCACAACAGAACAGCGAUUCUGCCUCAAUCGUAUCCAGCAAGCCUUUGCUUUUGGUCUUUGGUCUUUGGUCUUUGGUACAACAGUCAACAAUGCUAGCACGGCCUGUCAAUUCUGGUGGCCUUUCCGCCAACCUUAUCAACCGACACCGCACGGUCUUGGGCAUGCCCUCGAUGAAAGCUGCCAACCUACCAACCCACGUGGAACAAGCUUGA